AAAGAAAAGCCCGAGUAGCGCCAAGGGGGCUAACGCAGUUAGCUUCAGUUUGUGUGCAACAAACGUUUCUCGACAAUUAAACAACACCAGAGAAACUCUACAGAAUUUCUGGGAGUCACAUCCCGUCGAUGUUGUUUCUCCAAAGAAGAGUGGGAUUAUUUCUCCCCAGCUGGUAAAGUUGAGCUGCUGAAUGUGGCGAGCUAACGGCUAACGUAGCUGCGUAGUUGAGUCUAAACUUCAGCUCCUGCUGCGUUUCUGCAGAACUAAGUGUUCCUCACAGAGGGACAUGGGUCUGUCUUCAAUACACUUUCAACAUAACCAAUAGAUAUAAUGAAGAGAAGAGGUGAUGCAGCGUAUGCGCCGUUGCAGGGGUCAAAGAGGCACCGUGAAGACAGUAGCUCAGAUGAAGAGUCCCAAUCCAGGCAAGACUCCAGCCAAAAUGAUUCGCUCAGUGACCAAGAGGAUCACAGACCGGGAUUCUCCAUGCCCUCUAUAUCAGCAUCAUCUUCCUUUGAUGCUCAAGACAUUGAUGGCUCCUCUGAGGCCACCUCAAAGUUUUCUAUGUACAACAGUGUGUCACAGAAGCUCAUGGCCAAGAUGGGUUUUAGAGAGGGCGAGGGUUUGGGAAAGUUUGGCCAGGGACGCAAGGAGAUCAUAGAGGCUUCCACCCAGCGCGGUAGAAGAGGUCUUGGUCUCACACUGCAGGGUUUCCAGGGAGAACUCAGCGUGAACUGGAGGGAUGAACCAGAGGCUAGUGCUGUAGAGACAGUUGACUGGUUCCCAGAAUGCACCACAGAGAUGCCAGAUGCAGAUGAGCUGCAAGACUGGAUGACUCUGGGACCGAGAAAACUUAAGAUUGAAGAUGAAACAGAGUUUUGCACAGAAGAUGUCCUCCACACUGUUCUACGUUGCAAGACGGUGUUCGAUAACCUGGAGGGCGAGGAGAUGAGGAGAGCAAGGACACGCUCCAACGCUUACGAGACUAUUAGAGGAGGUAUCUUCCUCAACAGAGCAGCUAUGAAAAUGGCCAACAUCGACCACUGCUUCGACUAUAUGUUCACAAACCCAAAGGAUUCUCAAGGGAAGUCUCUGACGAAGGACCGCGAGGGCGAGCUUCUGUAUUUUGGUGACGUCUGCGCGGGGCCUGGAGGGUUUUCAGAGUACAUCCUGUGGAGGAGAAAUUGGCACGCCAAAGGCUUUGGCAUGACACUAAAAGGACCGUGCGACUUCAAACUAGAAGAUUUCUACGCUGCUCCAAGUGAAGUGUUUGAGCCUUAUUAUGGUGAGGGCGGAGUAGACGGGGAUGGUGACAUUACUCGGCCAGAAAACAUCAACGCGUUCCGCAACUUUGUCAUGGAGAGUACAGAGAGAAAAGGGCUGCAUUUCGUCAUGGCAGACGGAGGCUUCUCUGUGGAAGGUCAGGAGAACAUCCAGGAAAUCCUCAGCAAACAACUGAUGCUCUGCCAGUUCCUCACUGCCGUCUCCACACUCAGGACAGGUGGCCACUUUGUUUGUAAGACUUUUGACCUCUUCACUCCCUUCAGUGUUGGUUUGGUCUACCUCCUCUACCUCUGCUUUGACCGGAUCUCCCUCUUCAAACCUGUCACCAGCAGGCCUGCCAACUCAGAGAGGUACGUUGUGUGCCGGAGUCUGAAACCCGGGGCAGACGCUGUUCGGGAGUACAUGUUCAAAGUCAACCUGAAACUCAACCAACUCAGAAACACAGAGACAGAUGUUACAGAAGUGGUUCCUCUUGACAUCAUUAAGGAUGACCCUGACUUCUUCCAGUUUAUGGUCAAAUCCAAUGAGAGCCUCGGUGCAGUCCAGAUAAAGGCCUUGGCUAAGAUCCAUGCUUUCGUGGUUGAACCGACGCUCGCUGAACCGAAACAAGCUGACAUCAGGAAGGAGUGUCUGAAGCUUUGGGGGGUCCCAGACAAGGCCAGAGUUGCUCCAUCCCCAUCAGACCCAAAGUCAAAAUUCUAUGAAUUGAUUAAGACGUCAGAUGUAAAUUCGUUACAGUGUAAGCUGACUCCUCUCAACUCCAGCACGCUUGAAAAGUUGCGCCACGUCUUGGACCACAGAUGCAUUGUGGGAGGUGGAGAGCAGAUCUUUCUUCUUGCACUUGGAAAGUCUCAGAUAUACACAUGGGAUGGGAAGAUGCCUGUACGCUGGAAGAAAAUGGAGAAUUUCAAACUUGAGCUGCCAAGAGAUACGCUUUUAAGUGGGGAGAUCGUCCAAGAGCUGAAGGGCGAGGGAAAAGCUCAGCGCAGAAUCAAUGCAGUUCAUGUGAUGGACGCACUAAUACUUAAUGGCACUGAUGUAAGAGAUCAGCACUUCAACCAACGGAUCCAGAUGGUUGAGAAGUUUGUCAAGGCCGUGGCUAAACCCAGCAGACCAGACAUGAACCCCAUCAGAGUGAAAGAAGUUUACAGACUGGAAGAAAUGGAUAAAAUCUUUGUAAGACUAGAGAUGAAGAUCACUAAGAGCUCAGGAGGUGUCCCUCGCCUGUCCUACACCGGCAGAGACGACCGGCACUUCCUUCCCACAGGCCUCCACAUCAUUAAGACUGUCAACGAUCCAUGGACAAUGGCAUACAGCAAAAAGUCCAAGAUGAAGUUCUUCUAUAACAAGAUGACUAAGGAAUCAACAUAUAACAUGCCAGCAAACUCUGCAGCUCCCUUCCAUGUUUGCCACGCCGAGAGACUCUUCUGGGCCUGGGAGGACGGGGUCAUAGUUCACGAUUCUCAAACCCGGAUUGACCAAGACAAACUGUCCAAAAACAAACUGCUGUCGUUCAUCCACCAGAAUUAUCAGCCUGAAUGAGUGGCAGAAACCCAGGACUUCUUACGCUGCAACUUGUAUACAAAGGCCACUAAGUUAUGGAGCACGUAGAGCGUUGGAAAAGGACAUAAUGGAGUUCACUGAUUAAUGUUUAAUUUGAAAGGAAGAUUUUACAAGUGAUAUUUUUUAUGAACCUCUUCUUAUCGAGUUGAAUGACAGUAAAUAAACUGAGUUGCUAUCGUUAUCAGGGUUGAUAAUGUUCAGAGGAAUUUUGUAGUUAAGGUGUUGAAUUGUUGCAGUAGCACCUGCCUCUCUCCCUUUUCGGCUUUCUUUUAAAGAUUAUAACAAAUCUGACUGUGUUCAAUGGUCAGUACCAAGACAAAAUGUUGUCUCUGCUAUGCCUUGCAUGUCUCUGUAGAUCACUUUUCAUUUUAGAUCCUCACUCCUUUAAUGUCUGGAUGUGGGUUUGCAUGGAUCACAAUCGGCACAGCUCGCUUUGAUAGUUAAAUAGUGCAUCAGUGUCAGUAAACAGAGUACACUUUACCAUAACGUCACCCUCUUAAAAUAAUGAUCAUAUUUUCAAGUUUUUCAAAAAACAGAAACAAACUGACCGGAAAACUUUGUGGUUCCGAUUUUUUUUUUUAAAGGACUUAAAAAAUAUUGACUUACGCCACUUUUUAAGAGGGUGACGAUAAAUGAGUGUGACAUUUGCUCUUCAAAGGGACAUGAGGGUCUGUUCAGUGUUCACCCUCUCCCACCAACAGGUACCUGCUUGUUGGUCCUCUGCAGCUGUAGCA